CCUCUCCUGUGGCCGAUGAAUGCAGACCCGCCGCCUCCGCCCUGGGUCUGGAUGGUCCCCGGCUCGGCCGGGCUGCUCUGUCUGGGCGCCGGGGUCGCGCCCCAGCCUGUGCUGCUCGCCGCGGCCCAACCCCCCGCCGCCCCGCUGCUCCGGGGGCCGCCCGGCUGGCAAGCGCCCGGCGAGCCGCUGCUGCCGCUGGUGCCGCUGCCCUCUGCGCCAGACCACGCCGCCGCCGCCGCCGCCGCCGCGCACCACCUCCCGCUGCUCCACGGGCAGUGGCUCUUCGGGGGCCCCCCUGCGCCCCUGGGCCCGCCCCCCACGCCCGCGGUGGAGCGGGCGCCCCUCGUGCCGCGCGCCUGCCCGCCCGCCCUCGCGCCCGCUGUGGGGAAAAGCUGGCUAGACAAACGGACACCCGCUUGUAAGGUCUUUUUCAACAAUUCCUUUGCCCUGGACUCGGUGUGGAUGCCUCCCGAGGACUCGAGGCUGUUCCGCGGGUGUGACAAGCCUCGCUUGCUGGCGCGCCCGGUGGCUCUGUCCCUGUGCCGGCCCGCGGCUGCCUCCCGGCCGCUGCCCGCCGUGGCGUUACCGCCGCAGCCUGUACCAGGUGGCUGCCACCACAGCCUUAAGCCCGUCGCCAGCAGCCCCACCAUCGCCAUCGCCGCCGCCGCCGCCAUGGUCUCCGUGGACCCCGGGGGACGCGGGGGCCCGUCCCCCUUCUGCGAGCAGCCCUGCCACUUCCUGACAUUGGCGCCCAUCAAAAUACCCCUGCGGACCGCCCCCUUCUCUGAUAGAGGCCGGGACCCGGCCUGCACGCCUCGCCCUCCCGCCCUGGUGCUGCACGCGGAGAGGAAGAGCCCGGCCGGGGACGGAGGAGACAAGGAGCCCCCGUCGGUCCCAGUGACAGGAGAGGACGGAGCGGCCGAAGGCAGCAGGCCGGUGGCCUCCGCCCCGGUGCCCGGCUCCCCCUGGUGCGUGGUCUGGACAGGCGACGACCGGGUUUUCUUCUUCAACCCGACAAUGCAGCUGUCCGUGUGGGAGAAGCCCCGGGACCUGAGACACCGCGGGGACCUCAACAGGAUCAUCAAAGACCCGCCCCACAAGCGCAAGCUGGAGGCCUCCGCAGCUGACCCCGGCGACGGAUCGAGCUCCGAGGACGGCAGCGAAGACCCGGCCGUGAAAACCAAGAGGAACCGGACUGAAGGCCACGUGAGUCCCGGGCCGGAGGAGGAGGGGAGAAGGGACAAGGGCCCCCGGACGCCGCCACCGCAGGUCCUGCCGCCGCUGGAGGAGCGGGUGACCCACUUCCGAGACAUGCUCCUGGAGAGAGGGGUGUCUGCGUUUUCCACCUGGGAGAAGGAGUUACACAAGAUCGUGUUUGACCCCCGCUACCUCCUGCUGAACUCCGAGGAGCGGAAACAGAUUUUUGAACAGUUUGUCAAGACGAGGAUAAAAGAAGAAUACAAGGAAAAGAAGAGUAAAUUGCUGCUAGCCAAAGAGGAAUUCAAAAAGCUUCUAGAAGAAUCUAAAGUGUCGCCCAGGACCACGUUUAAGGAGUUCGCCCAGAAGUAUGGUCGGGACCAGAGAUUUCGACUUGUUCAGAAAAGGAAGGACCAGGAGCAGUUCUUCCACCAGUUCAUCCUUGUUCUGAAGAAGCGGGGCAGGGAGGACAGGCUCCGGCCGCGGAGGCCCAGAUGA